AUCUGAUAAAUUAUCACGAUUAUCACUUAUCGCACGCGAUAACGCAAAUUCUUUUGAAAUCUAGUGCUAAAUAAAGAAAUGAUUUUGCUUAGCGCGACUGUUUUUACACUUUUGGUGCGUUUUUCCGCGCAACAAUAUACAGGGCAUCUCGGAAUCGUGUCCGAUUUGCUACCGCAAGACUGUUUCACCCAAGGCCUUGACUACUUUAGUGAGGAUGUCUCAAAAAUUGGAUUACCCAAGUGUGAUAAAUUUUCAAGACCAGGUAUUUGUGCUAAAUAUUUUCAAACAAGGUACGACAAAAUGGUCUAUAGACCGAGCGAGUGCGCCAAGGAUGGCAAAUUCGGGGCGAAACAAUGCAAGGGGGAAUACACAACUGGACGAUGUUUUUGCUUUGAUGCUCAAGGGGAGAGGCUUUUCGGCCAACAGUGGCAAAAUCAGGCCGAAAAUAUGACGUGCGCUUGUAGCCGCAAAAAAGCAGACAUGGGCGAUUCCGUAUAUUUCAAUAGUCUACACUGUGACGCAAUGGGCAAUUAUGAGCCCCUGCAGUGUGACGUAAUCAGUGGGCAAUGUUGGUGUGCGGACGCGCAAACCGGGGAUUUAACCUCGCCGGUGGUUCCCCUGAAAGCAAUUUCGAAAUUGCCGUGCUACGAUUCGGCUUCGGUGGGCAGCCAAUACCUCCGCCAGUGCGAAAGCAAACUCUAUGCCGAAAAACGCAUCCUUUACGAGCUAAAAUUGCACGGAACUAUUGCAAGUUUUGUUGAUUUUUUGUGCGAUGAUGACGGCAGUUACGGGGCUUAUACUUACGUGGAGGGGGCGGUUUAUUGCACUUGGAGGGAUAAUAGUAAAAUUGGGUCGUGGGCUUCUGAUGGCAACGACGAAGUUGAUUGCAAUUGUGCAAGAGACACGAAAAUUUUCGAAGAAGCGGGGAAAUCUCAGUCGUUGAAGUGUGAGCCUAAUGGUAAUUAUAAAAAAUUGCAAAAGACGGGCUCAAAGGGAUAUUGUGUGGACAUUGAUGGGUACAGGAAGUCGCCGUCUGGUGACGAUGUGACAGACGAGGCGCUCUGUGAUGGUUAUUAUGCCUACCAUUAAUAAAAACCUUCAACAAUU